UUUUUUAUUCAUCAUAAUAUUGAUUUAUUGAUGUAAAUAAAUAUCUAAAAAAUAGCAUUUUUUCUAGAAAUUUUUCUAUUAUUCAGUUAUUCAGUAGUGUACUAGCUAUGGAAGUUAAAGUUGAAAUUAAGCAAGAGUUUGAUGAAUAUGAUCAAAAAUAUAUCCACACUGGGUUGUCCACAUCAAUGGAUAUGGAGGAAUACUUGAAAAAAGAACCUGGAGAAGAACUUCUACUAGGUGUAGAAGAACAAAAUGAGGAGAGGGACAAGGAGGAGAACAAAAACACAAUUAUACAAACAUUAACAGAACAUUCAUCUCUUGAAGAAACAUGUAUGAUUCAACACCAUGAAGAUAGUCCAUUAAAUGAUAAUAUGGAAGUCCAAAGUGGACAAGAACUUUACCAAUGUAAAAUUUGUUUUAAGCAAUUUUCUUGUAGACGUUACUUGAAAAAACAUUUAGUGAUACACCGUGAAAUAAAACCCUAUAAGUGUGAUACUUGUUGUAAGCAGUUUUCUCUGAAGGGUAAUUUGAAAACACAUUUGAUGACUCACACUGGAGUCAAGCCUUAUAAUUGUGACAUUUGUUUUAAGCAGUUUUCUCAAGUAGGUCAUCUGACGAGACAUUUGAUGACCCACACUGGAGAAACACCUUACAAAUGUGAAAUAUGUUUCAAGCAGUUUAGCGAAGCAAAUAAGGUAAAAGUACAUUUGCGUACACACACAGGAGAAAAACCUUACAAGUGUGAAAUAUGUUUUAAGCAGUUUAGAGAAGCAAGAAAUGUAACGACACAUAUGCGUACUCACACAAGAGAAAAACCUUAUAUGUGUGAUAAUUGUUUGAAGCAGUUUUCUCAGAAAUAUGCUUUGACUAUUCAUUUGCGUGUUCACACUAGCACUAGAGAAACACCUCACAAGUGUGAUACUUGUUUUAAGCAGUUUUCUCUGAAAGGUAAUUUGAAGAGACAUUUGAUGACACACACUGGAGAAACACCUUACAAGUGUGACAUGUGCUUUAAGCAGUUUAGAGAAGGAAGUAAGCUAAAGAUACAUUUGCUUACUCACAAAGGAAAAACACCUCUUAAGUGUGAUAUUUGUCUGAAGCAGUUUUUUCAAAAGAUUCAAUUAAAAAGACAUUUGAUAAUACACACUGGUGAAAACCCUUAAACGUGUGAUAUUUGUUUGAAGCAGUUUUCUCAAACCAGUCAAUUGAAAAAUGUGAUAAUUGUUUUAACGAGUUUUCUCAGAACGUUCAUUUGCAGUUACAUUUGACAACUGUGCUGUUAGGCUAGUUUACUAAAUAAGUGCCAGAGCUAGGCAACACAUAAGACAGGACUGAAUGACAGUUUGUUAUGUUAUCAUGCAAUCAUGUAUGUUGUAGAGUUAAGAAUAAACUUAACCCCCUCUGUGGCUCGGUGGUAAGAGCGCCUACCUUUGGAUCGAAAGGUCCGAAUGGUCGUGAGUUCGAAUCUCGCUAGGGUCAGGAAUUUUUCGUUUAUUAUAAAUUAAUAAAUGAAGAUAGUUUCUGUCCUUGUGGGAUCGGUACUCACCGGAGGGACCGCAGACGUUCGGAUACAAUUAGCGUCUCUUUGCAAAGAUAAUGACGUCGACUUUGCAAAGUAACAAGACACUUACUCAACACACACUACACAUGACACUAAGUACCUCAUAUUGUGACUGGCUGAAUGACAUAAAGUCCAUGCCAUAAAAAAAAAGAAUGUGUGUGUUCUUUGCACGCACGUAAGAAGUUAUACUUCUAUUAUUAUGAUUUCAACGAAAUUAAUAUACUUAACAGUUAUUUGUAUUUUAUUUAAAUAUUAAACUAACUUUCUUUACCUACCACUUUUAAAAUUUUUUAUUAAAACGAUACCAAAAAUAUAAAAAAAAAUGAAUCGUCCGGGAUUUGAACCCGGUACCUCUUGAUCUCCGGUCACACGCUCUACCACUGAGCUAUAUCCCUUCUGCUUUGACAGGUUACAAGAUUUCUCAUAUACUGACCAAGUGAAGUAUACAAAAAUACUUUAAAUGUACUUACUAUUAUUAUAAAAUAUCUUAUUCCCGAGGAAGACAAACCCAAAGACACAAAAAUUAUAAUAAAUAAUACAUUUACUUAAGGUGAAACAGUAGCGAUCAACAGGUAGCGAAAACGCGUUCCACGAUUGCGGCUGUAAUUUUGAAUACUUUUUCGAGAUAUUUGGCACACGUAUUCGUAAUAUAAUGAAGAAUGGCGGUACAGAACCCAAUUGGA